AUGCAGAAUCCAACUGUGGAGUUGGAGCUCGUUUUUCCAAUUCGGAAUAGAGCAAUUGGAGAAGACAGUGAAUUGGGAAUAAAUAAAGCUAUUCUGGUUAUGUUUCUGAUGAAAGCCCCGCGCGUGUCUCCUUGUGUGUCUGAACGUGAUUAUGGAAGAACCAACCACGAGAGGAAGAUUCUCAAAGCAGUCAUGAAAUGGGCAUUUGCACGUGCAGAGUGA